AUCUCAAUAACUGUAGUGUUUAUUGUGAAAUUUCAUAAGAAAAUAAUAUUUUCAACUUGUCAAAGAAAAUUAGAAAAUUACUUAUUUUGAUUGUACUUUCUUAUACAUACGACUAUUUCCGAACCCUAUUUGUGGACAUACGAUUUUAUAGCGAUGAGAUAGAGCAGGAAAGAAGGUUGACGAUGGCUGAUCGUGUGAGCCAACUUCAAGACGCUUUGAAUGAGCUAGCUGAACACUUUUGUAAUAGUAUUGGAACCUUACAGCAGACGGCACAACCAAGCUCUUUUCCUGGGUUUGAAAAGGAAGAGAAUGAUUUGAAUCAAGAAAAAAGUUUAACUCAAGAAGGCCAUGCGAAACUCUUUGCCUCAAUGAUAGCAAGAACAGCGAAGGACAUAGACUGUCUCAUUGAUUCAUUGCCAAGUGAUGAAUGCUCAACUGAACUACAAAUGGCCAGUCUUGAGAGGCUGCAGAUGGAAAACGAAGAAGCUGGAAUGAAACUCCAAAAAGCUGUGGAGAAAGGGGAAGCUGUUCUUGAAAUGUUGCAGAAUGCGUUGAAAUUCAUCGCGGAAAAACAGCUUGAUUCAGAAUGCGAUGUUCUUGAAUGAUGAUGUUUACUGUAUGAAAUUUUGGAUGUUGAAGUAGACAAUUUAGUAAAAAUCAGGUCCAAAUUUGUUGAAGGAACGUGAAUUCAUAAGUUUAAUGUAAAUAAGAUGAGAGAAGAGAAGUGUUGUAUGCUUUAUAUGUAAAUGCAUGACCCACAAACACAUGUAAAAAUUAAUGAUUGAUAUUUAUUUUCAACAAUACACUAUAUAAAAUAACUGAAUAAAAAGUAUUUUUUAUAA